GGGCUAUGCGUAUGACUGUGCGCACACGCUAGCGUACGCGUACAAAAAAACGAAAAAAAAAAACAAACUAAGCAUACCAGAGCCUAACCUCUAUGGAUUCAAACAGCCCGUAAAUAACUUCCUGGAACUAUCUGACGUCUACAUGAAUCACGUGACGAUCAAGCGUUUUGAACUUCCGUUGGCGCAACUCUCUCUCUAUCUCUAGGGCUCUGGUCGUAACGUCAUGACAUCGCAACGUGAACCUCAAGGGCUCUGGCCUCGACUGGACUUUCGCGCGCUUUAGGUCCAGAUUUAGGAACCACAAACAGCGAAGUGGGAAAUUCAACAUUUCUGAGUGAAGGUGAGGGAGAUGGAGGACGAGUGGGAGGAAGAGGAGCAGCUGUUCGUGGCUGAGCUCUCCGGAGUGAUUGACUCGGAUGUGCUGUGUAAGCGCGGUGGGGUGUGUAAAAUGGUGGGCAUGAGCAGUGAGCAGCCCAUGGUGCAGGUGGGCCGCUAUGUGUUCGCCGGGGAAUACGAGGACGCGCUGGGGUCAUGCGUCAUCUUUGAAGAGCAGACAAAGGAUCGGACAAAAUCCAGCUCGAGCCCUGUGCUCAAAUACAAGUGUCACACCAUGAAGAAGCUGAUGCUCCAGAGGACUUUCCUGUCCGAGAGGAAGGAGGGAGAGACGAGCUCCGGGGGCAUCGAGGUCCUGUCUCUGAACGAAGGGGAAGUGUGUGGAAGAUCCAGCACCGUGUGUCACUACGCCCUGGACCCUAAAGAUCUUCAGACACUAAAUGCUGGAGAAGACAUCAGCGACGAGUCGGAGACUGAAAAAGCGGAGACACACCAGCGUUCAGUAAAGGAGGACAGUGUACCAGGAGAGACCAGAGAAAACCUGGCAGAGUAACACGACCUGGACCUGAACUGUACAGGGACCAAAUCUCACUCUAGUGGCUGAAGGGCACACAGUGGUUCAUAAAUAAACAUAAUAUAAUAAGCAAGCACAAAUAAUUAUUUCUACAAAAUUUUUAUGCACAAUAUACAAGUUAAAAGAAGUAUAUUAAUCACUGAACAGCAUGUCUUGUACACUGCUGCGUAAUGUAUUGUUUCAUGAUCAUUAUUGUAAUAUUGACCAUGGCGAUCCAACUGAUACAUAUUGACUAUUUUGGCAUAGUGUGCUACUGGAUAAGACAUUUUUAAUCAACUCUAAGCUGUUGGAAAAAGUUCUUUGUGUAGAUUUGAUUGAACAGGGUUUGCAGUAAUCAGGUCUGGUUGUGUCUACUCCAGCUGAACCCCAAUAUAAAUGCAGUUCCAUGGAUUUGGGGAAUUAGUAACUAUAGGGCAAAUACAUUUUCACACAGGCCCAGUUGGUAUUGGAUAACUUUUGCUUCAAUAAAUAACAUAAUUUAAGAACUGUA